UACUUUUGACAUUAAACAUAUGGUUUUUGACAGUUAAACUGAUAGGUGAGCGAGAGUGCUGCUGCAUAAGAUUACGUGAAUCUUUAAUAAAAAAUAUAUAUAAAAAAGUUAAAAUUAGUUUUUAAAAUAUAUACAACAACCAUGAGAAACGUAAGAAAUUGCCAAAGUCUCCUAAGACGUUGCUAUACUCAAGCUAGUGGCGUCAAGACUCCCGGUGCCUCAACUGGUCCCUCUACUAGCAAUGUCAAAGGCUUAUCCAGCAACUGUGUUAAACCUGUAAGCGAACCCGUUGGUCCUGGAGCAUCACCCAAUGGUCAAUACAAAGUACCCGAAUACUUCUGUUUCAAUCGUUUCAGCUAUGCUGAGGCUGAAAUCGAAAUGGCUAAAUAUCGUUGCCCCCAACCUUCGGCUUUGAAAAAGUAAUUGUGACAAAUAAUGAAAUUGUUGUUGUAAAAUAAAAUUAAUUAAAAAAUGAUA